GGUUCCCAAGCCGGGUUUAAAGGGGUCGGUAGCGGGCUGCUGCCCUGCCAUCGGCUCCCCGCGCGCAGGUCCGCGGGGAGGGGCGGCCUGCCGAAGGGCCCACCCCGGGGCGUUCCUGAAGGGCGCCCUCGGCCGCCCCCACCGCCCCCCAGAUGUACUAUGCGCUUUCCCAGGCGCGCGUGAACGCGGCCCCCGCGACCAUGCUGCGGCCACAGCGGCCCGGAGACUUGCAGCUCGGGGCCUCCCUGUACGAGCUGGUGGGCUACAGGCAGCCGCCCUCCUCCUCCUCCACAUCCUCCUCCUCCACGGCGGCCCCCCUCCUCCCCAAGGCGGCGCGCGAGAAGCCGGAGGCGCCCGCCGAGCCUCUGGGCACCGGAGCGGGGCCCGGCGCGCCGGCGGGCGGCGGCUCCCGGGCGGACGCCAAAGAGGAGCAGCAACAGCAGCUGCGGCGCAAGAUCAACAGCCGCGAGCGGAAGCGCAUGCAGGACCUGAACCUGGCCAUGGACGCCCUGCGCGAGGUCAUCCUGCCCUACUCGGCGGCGCACUGCCAAGGCGCGCCUGGCCGCAAGCUCUCCAAGAUCGCCACGCUGCUGCUCGCCCGCAACUACAUCCUGCUGCUGGGCAGCUCGCUGCAGGAGCUGCGCCGCGCGCUGGGCGAGGGCGCCGGACCCGACGCGCUGCGCCCCGCCAAGUACCUGUCGCUGGCGCUGGACGAGCCGCCGUGCGGCCAGUUCGCGCUCCCCGGCGGCGGCGCGGGCGGGGGCGCGGGCGGCCCAGGCCUCUGCACCUGCGCGGUCUGCAAGUUCCCGCACCUCGUCCCUGCAGGCCUGGGCCUGGCCGCCGUGCAGGCGCAGUUUUCCAAGUGAGGGCCCGCGCGGGCCCGGGGCGCGACCUAGGCCCGGCCUUCCGCCGCCCGCCUUCUCCGCGCCCCCGCGCCCAGCACUCGGGGACCGCUAGCCGAGCACGGAGGGCACUUAGAACCUUCUGGCCCAGAGGAAGGGACAGUGGGGCGCCCCCUUCCCUGCUCCCACCCCGGGGUAAUUAAAGUGACGCGAGCGGAUGUUCGACAGAGCGUCGGGGCCGUUGGGGGUUCUGAGUGGAUUCUGGCUGCUUUGGGCAGCAAGUGCGCGCCCCCAACCCCACUCUUGCCCAGCUCUCGUCUCUCCCGAUCCCUGGAGUCGGGCACUUCGCGGGGGUGGUGUGGAUUUUAGGGCACCGAGAGGUGGCUUCGGCUUGCACUGGGUGACACCUGCCCAAUCAGGGGGCCAAGUGGCUGAUCUCCGAGGGCAGGGAAAGGGUUCUUUUCCUUCUCCCCAGCGGGAGGUCACAAGCACCCUUGUUUCCACCAGCCAAGCCCUGUCAGAGGAGGCUGCCAGGCCUGAGGAAGCCGAGAAAGACCAAUUAGUCCACGCAGAUGGUCCGGGGCUUAGCAGACGAACUGACCCUCGGCGAAGGCGGCGGGACGGUUGGCAUCGCGGUGCGGCGGGAGGAGGCGUUGAUAAAUCACUCCAGGGUCCUUGGGUGUGCUGGGUUGGGAAGUUGGUCCGCUUUUAUACCCCGGCUGUUAGAGUGCAGUUUUUGAGAAUCGCGUAAGCAGGUGUUUCGUUGCGGAGAUCAUUCGCUUUUAAAUCCUGGGAUCUUCUUAAAAAGACAGUUUAGAACUUGAGAUUCACCGUUUUGUUUCCCCUUUCCCAAAGGUAGCGUAACCAACAUUUGAGCUUGCUUAAAAACAGAAACCAACCCCCUUUGACGCAGAUGGCGUUCUCGGUUUACUAAAAUAGGUAACGCGGCACUUCGAAGUCGCCGCCAGUCUUGUCUGAAACCACGGUCGCUAAUUAACUUUCUCAUAAAAAGACGCAGAGCAGGACCUGAGCCCCAAACCUCCGGCGGGGCUCGGCGGGUCCCCGCUGCGGUGGCGACUGGCGGGAUGGCGUUUUCUGCGCUGUCCCUUUGCGCGAGGGGUCUUUGCCCAGCGCUCGGGGCAGGUCUUCCCGCAGCUUCACGUGUGAAGAACUGCAUAGAUGACCGGUCUUGAUUUGUCACGGACGUUAACAAAUUAUUUCACUCAAGAUUAUUUCAUAAUCUUGCAGCAGCUUGCUUUGAAGUCUCUGUUUAAGGGUUUUGGUUGUUGGUAGUAGCGGAAUUUAACUGGCAUUUUAUUUUAUCUCUAACUUUGUUUCGUUGCUCUGUGAAGAACCAACACAAUAAAACAUUUAAAG